AUGGCUGGUGAUAACAAAGUCAACCUCAAUGAAUCCAAGAGGGUGGUUCCGCUCAACAUUUGGGUACUAAUCUCCAACUUCAAGCUAGCGUACAAUCUCCGCCGCCGCCUCGAUGGCUCAUUCAACCGCGACCUCGCCGAAUUCCUCGACCGCAAGCUCCCGGCCAACACCAUCCCCGUCGACGGGGUCUUCUCCUUCGACCAUCUCGAUCGAUCCACCGGACUUCUCAACCGGGUGUCACGCCCUAGUUUAGUCCGCUCGUUAAACCGGGUCUACCGGUCCCAAUCCCGAUUGGAUCCCCCAAUCGACCUCCAGAACCCACUCAGCACCGCCGCCGUCGUCCCCUUUUUCGUCUUCUUCCACGGCGGAAGCUUCACCCACUCCUCCGCCAGCAGCCCGAUCUACAACACCUUCUGCCGUCGCCUCUUCUUCCUCUGCGACGGCACCGUCGUCGUCUCCGUCAAUUACCGCCGCUCGCCGGAGAACCGGUACCCGUGCGCCUACGACGAUGGGUGGGUGGCUCUCAAGUGGGUCAAGUCCAGGUCGUUGCUCUGUAGCGGUGAAGGCCGCCGAAGCUGGGAUUCCGAUACUGGGCAACAUCCUGCUCUACCUGAUGUUCGGCAGGGAGGCGAGAACGGAAUCGGAGAAGUGAUUGGACGGGAAGUACUUUGUGACGGUUCAGGAUAG